AGUGUCUGAAUUUUUCAACAGUUUGUAUCAGUUUACGGUUGAAAGCGUGUUUGGAUACGCAGUGUAUUUACUAUGAAUUGAUUCUUGAUCGUAAUCUUGUGUUUUGAGUUGUUUUCUGAUACAACAGUUUUGAAAUGGGAAAACCGAAGAAGAAGAGUGACCUCAGUCGAGCGGAGCUGAUGAUGAUGACCAUUGCAGAUGUCAUCAAGCAGCUGGUGGAGGCUCAUGAAGAAGGCAAGGAUAUCAACCUCAACAAAGUGAAGACGAAGACGUCGGCAAAGUACGGCCUGUCUGUGCAGCCACGCCUGGUGGACAUUAUUGCGGCCGUCCCGCCACAGUACCGCCGCAUCCUGCUGCCCAAGCUCAAGGCCAAACCCAUCCGUACCGCCAGUGGGAUUGCGGUGGUUGCCGUGAUGUGCAAGCCCCAUCGGUGCCCCCACAUCACCUUCACAGGGAAUAUCUGUGUCUACUGUCCUGGUGGUCCAGACUCUGACUUUGAGUAUUCCACACAGUCCUACACUGGCUAUGAGCCCACCUCGAUGAGGGCCAUCCGGGCCCGGUACGACCCCUACCUGCAGACUCGCCACCGCGUGGAGCAGUUAAAGCAGCUGGGACACAGCGUGGACAAGGUGGAGUUUAUUGUGAUGGGAGGCACCUUCAUGGCCCUGGCUGAGGAGUACAGAGAUUACUUCAUCAGGAACCUGCACGAUGCCCUGUCAGGCCACACCUCCAAUUCCGUGGCCGAGGCGGUCAGGUACUCGGAGCGCAGCACCACCAAGUGCGUUGGCAUCACCAUCGAAACGCGACCCGACUACUGCCUGAAGCGGCACCUGAGCGACAUGCUGGCCUACGGCUGCACCCGGCUGGAGAUCGGCGUGCAGAGCGUCUACGAGGAUGUGGCACGCGACACCAACAGGGGCCACACAGUGCGCGCUGUCUGCGAGUCCUUCCACCUGGCCAAGGAUGCUGGCUUUAAGGUGGUGGCCCAUAUGAUGCCGGACCUCCCAAAUGUGGGCAUGGAGCGUGACGUGGAGCAGUUCAUUGAGUUCUUUGAGAACCCUGCGUUCCGCCCAGACGGCCUGAAGCUGUAUCCCACCCUGGUGAUCCGCGGCACUGGGCUCUACGAGCUAUGGAAGACGGGUCGCUACAAGAGCUACUCGCCCAGCGCCCUGGUGGACCUGGUAGCCCGGAUCCUGGCUCUGGUGCCACCGUGGAUGCGUGUGUACCGCGUGCAGAGGGACAUCCCCAUGCCACUGGUGAGCUCCGGCGUGGAGCACGGAAACCUGCGAGAAUUGGCCCUCGCCCGCAUGAAGGACAUGGGCACCGAGUGCCGUGAUGUCAGGACCAGGGAGGUGGGCAUCCAAGAGAUCCAUCACAAAGUGCGGCCCUAUCAGGUGGAGCUGGUGCGCAGGGACUAUGUGGCCAAUGGCAGCUGGGAGACAUUCCUGUCAUACGAGGACCCAGAGCAGGACAUCCUGAUCGGCCUGCUGCGACUGCGGCGCUGCUCAACGGCGUCCUUCCGGGCUGAGCUCAAGGGGGGCGUGUCCAUCGUGCGUGAGCUGCACGUAUAUGGCAGUGUGGUGCCCGUCAGCAGCCGUGACCCCAGCAAGUUCCAGCACCAGGGCUUCGGGAUGCUGCUGAUGGAGGAGGCGGAGAGGAUAGCACGAGAGGAGCACGGGGCCGCAAAGCUGGCUGUCAUCUCCGGCGUGGGAACCAGGAACUACUACAGGAAGAUGGGCUAUGUGCUGGAGGGGCCGUAUAUGGUGAAGUGCCUGGACUGACAGAGGAUCACAUGACCACGGAGGGCCUAACAGGGAGCACAGCCUGUACAGAACACCCACAAGACCUCUUUACUGAACUGCUUUUAUCUUGGAGUGCAAACGUAUUAGGAUAUGAUUAAAUCUAUUUUUCUUUUA